AGCAAGUGAUUCACCUGUACACACUUCAGUACUUAUUCCAAUAUUUAUCACAAAGCAAGGUUAUCAAAAUAGUACUAAGGAGGUUUCGGAAAUCUCAUUGGUUUAUUGCCCUCAUAUCAGCCUUCACUUACAUAUAUUGCAUGAUAUACUUUUAUGAUCGAAAAUGCAACUUGUCUUGAUCCGGUUCUUGUUUUUGACGCUCGUUCUCAAAAAUGUAUUCCUGACCUCUGCAAUGGAUAUCUACGUUCAACCAGGAACAGACGUUACCAUCCCAUGCUCGAUAAACAUUACCCCGUCAAAUAUUCAGGCCCUGUACUGGCAGAAAGUCACCAACUCAACUCAGGGUUUCGAAACACUGUAUUCCUUUUCAAAAUUUACUGACCUCGGAUGGCAGAGCCCUGUUCGGGGAUACGUUGUGAAUCACACUGAUCUCGUUCUUCUUAAUGUAUCAUUUUCUCACGACGGCAUCUAUAAUUGUAGGCUGUUGACCCAUAGUAAAGUUGAGAUUAAAGAGACCAGCGCAUAUCUUCAUGUCAUUUUACCCCUUUUGGAGAUAACAAUUUCAAAGACUACAACAGGCGACGUAAUAACUGACGGCGCCGUUGUUGAAGUUCUGCAUGGUGAAGAAACGGACGUAGAGUGCGCUGUUGUUGGAAAAGUGUUUCCACCGGUCAGUCUCCUCUUACAGACCUCGGCAAACAACAUUAAUUCGUCUCGCGAAAGAGUUCGAGGUUCCUCCAGUGCUGUGAAACUCAAUAUUUCGCAGCAAGCUCGGGGUCAGAAUAUCACUUGUAGGGCGGACCAAAUCGUCGCUGGGCGUUCUUACAAGACGGUAGAGGUCACUUUUACCAUAAAGAGAUUAGAUCCUCGUAUAGCUAUCGCUAACUGCCUCGAUCCCAUUGAUUCUCAGCCUGGCGACUGUUGUGUAAUCAGUACGGCUUCAAACGUGUCAAAGAUAUCAGGCUCUACCCUUAACCUAUUAUGUGAAGCACAGAAUAUUGCCACACCGUGGGAUAUAAAACUGUUUCGAGUAUUGGAUGAUCAGUUAGAUGAAGAAGAGUCGUCAGUCAACGGAUACGCCAUAUCUGUGGUCGACGUCCCCAUCAACAGGAACAGCAAGUGGUUAUGUGUUGCAACACACUCUCUUGGUGAAUCCAUGAACAGAAGUGUCUGUGUUGAUACAAAUUCGCUUGCAGCUGUAUAUGGUAAAUCAAAUCUUCAUAAAAGACGUCUAAUAAUAGGAUCUGUCUUCGCGGGUCUUGUGAUAAGCGUAGCGAUGAUUGUUCUAAUCGUUUUCUUCAUUAGAAAGAGAAGAGAAUUUCCUCCAACUGUUCAUGACCCGGUUUACACGUACCAAAUCAUAGCUCCAUCUGUCAUCCCGGACAACUCACCUCUCUACGAUCAAGGUAAGUAG